AUGAAGUUCCAGCUCGCUGUCGUCCUCUCUGCCGCAGCUUCCGUCUGUGCCGUCCCGACAACACAGUCCUCCAUCCAGACCAGAGCCAUCGCCGGCCUCGACGAGACGCAGAGUCGCCAUGCGCAAGCCAUCAUCGACGUGGUCAAGACCGAAGGCGUGGGCGCUCUCGGCUGCCAGGCCGCCAUCGCCACCGCCCUGACCGAGUCUGAGCUGUACAUGCACGCCAACCACGCCGUGCCCGGCUCCCUCGACAAGCCGCACGACCGCGUCGGCGCCGACCAGGACAGCGUCGGGCUCUUCCAGCAGCGCGCCGUCUUCUACACCGACGUCGGGUGCACCAUGGACGCCGCGUGCUCCGCGGGGCUUUUCGUGAAAGACCUUCGGGCCGUCGCCGGCUGGCAGGGCAUGGAGACGGCGGCGCUGUGCCAGGCGAUCCAGCGGUCGCAGAUCCCGGACGCGUACAUCAAGAACGUGGCCAAGGCGGUUGAGGUCUGCGGCGGCUCGGGGCUGGCCUAG